GCAGCAAGCAAUCCUUAAACCUCUUCCUAGGCAGGGCUGGAGGGAGUAGUUAACAAAUCAGUUUCAGGAAGCUGUGUAGCCCUGGAUGUCUUGCCAGAUCAGAGCUGCAAAUGAGUCCAGCCAAUUGCAUAAGUUUGCAGGGAGGAGCUAUGGGUUACUGUUUGCUAGAUUCUUGCAAAGAGUCUAGUUAGUUAAGCACAGCAAGCGAGAGAGAUGGCAGCAGUGCUGAAUCCACGCAGCGUCCUGGUGACUGGCUCCAACCGGGGCAUUGGCUUCGAGCUUGUCAGGCAGCUGGUUGGGAAGAGCAGCCGGCCAGAAUGGAUCUUUGCCACUUGCCGGGAUCCAGAGGGACCACGUGCCCAGGAGUUGAAAACAUUGGCUGCCAAGCACCAGGGAGUUGUGAUCAUCCCAUUGAAUGCUUUGGAUCCAUCCAGCAUCAAGGCUGCUGUUGCCAGAGUCAAUGAGAAGCUGAAAGGUGCAGGGUUGAAUCUGUUGAUAAACAAUGCUGGGAUUUUAAGGAUCACCACUCUGGAGUCUGAGACACCGGAGGACAUGGCUGAGGUGUACCAAACCAAUGUGACAGGGGCCAUGCUGGUGAGCCAGGCGUUCCUGCCCUUGCUGAGGAAGGCAUCUCAAAAAAGUCCCCAGAAAGGGAUGAGCUGCAGCAAAGCCGCCAUUGUCAACGUAUCCAGUGAAGGCGGCUCCAUCAGAAAUAUGGGAACAAAUACAGUUCCAUGGUGUAUCUCGUAUUGUUGCAGUAAGGCGGCUCUGAACAUGCUCACCCGCUGCCAGUCCCUGGGAUUUGCAGAAGAUGAGAUCCUGUGUGUGGCUUUGCAUCCUGGCUGGGUGCAGACAGACAUGGGGAACGCAGCGGGACCGGCCCCACUGACUGUGGAAGUGAGUGUGCAGGAGACCAUCAGCACUCUUGCCCGUCUCACUGAGAAAGAUAAUGGCACUUUUGUGAGCUGGGAGGGAAAAGCUGUACCCUGGUGAGACACUCACCUGCCUCCUCAUCUAGCAAAGAGGAAACCCUGACCAGGGGUGAUGAGAAUGCUUGCCUAGCUGUGCUUUUGUUUGCAACAAAUGCAUCAUGUCCUGCUGCAAAUCUUGCACAUUCUGUUUCCUUCCAGAUACUUAUCUAAUAUGAUCAAGGGAUUUAAAAAAAAAUUGCACUAUGCAAGUCUUAUGGCACUCGUUGAUUCUGAAUUUCAAGACACACAUCACAGUGUGCAAAUAUGUCACAUUUACACACAGCCUUGUAGUCACAUGACCAGGGGCACAGCAAGGUUGUAGUGGGCCCAGAGACAAGAUUUUAAAAUGCUCCCCCCUCACUGAAGCUCAGCUCAUGAAGUAAAGAAAUCUUAAAUGAGGCUGAAUAGUGGUAACAAAGGAAGCCUGGGUGGGUGCACAGCUGGGGGAGUCAGUCAUGUGACUUGCCUCUGGGGGCCUCCCCAAGGCAGUGGGCCCCCAGACAACUGUCUCCCCUUGCCCUAUUAUAGUUGCGCCCCUGCACAUGACUCCAGAAUGAGCAAUAGAGGAGCAGAUUGCUCGCUUCCCUCUGUUUUGCCUCCAGUAUCUUCAGUGGGAGAUAACCACCAGGCAUUAGGAGCCCAAGAAUAUUGGUUUAAAGCAGAGAUUCAUCUUGGCCCUAAGUGAGCGCAACAUGACUGGUAUACCUGCAUCAACAGAAACAGCUGGCGAAGGAGUAAGCCAAAGAGACUAUUAAAUACUUAAUGCUUGCUCAGCCCUGUGAUGGGAACAAGGAAAAGGAAAAGCAGAAGUCCGCAGCACAUUGUGUUUCUUCAAGUUUCAUCACCCAUUCAAAUUAUUAUUAUUAAGAAUAUUGUUUACCACUUUUCAACAAAAAUGGUGCUGAAAGUGGUUCUCAAUGGAAAGCACUGUUCUGGUCAUUUGAGCUAAAAGCGAAGUUAAGGGAAAAGGCUAACAUCACUGCAGGCUGUAACUGGUGUCCUGGGCUAACCUUUUGACCUUAUCCUAUAACUUAUCCUUAUCCAAACAACAACAAAAAGCCUCUAUUUUUCACCAGGCAGCUGUUUGUAAAACAUACAGCAGGUAUGCAUAAUUAAUUAAUUAAUAAUAAAAAUAUUUGUUAGCCACCCCAUAACAAAUAGUUCUCUGGGCAGCUCACAACACAGCAUUAUAAUAUUGAGUAAAAACACAUAAAACGCAUGUGUUUUUAUAACCAAAGCUAAACACAAAAUGUGAGACUUAAGUUGGACUCUUCACAUUGGCAGGUAAAGACACGUUGACUCUUGGAAAGGUAGCUCCUAUUGCUCUGGCAGCUGAAAGUUACAAACAAAAAAUGAAUGUCUACUGAGAGAUUUUUCAAAGCAUACCUGACUCUUUCCAUAAUUUGACAUACUGUGCGUAUCUGUUUUGCUGCAUCUACUGAGAACAAUAAAAUCAUUAUGUACUUACA